AUGGGGGGCCUUUCUGAAGGGUUGUGGGAGCUGCUCUUCAGCUGCCUAUUUUGUCCAAAAGCCUUCUUUAAGCAUGGAACACGACACAGACUCAGGAGGGGAGGUCACAGAAAUAGAUACACCUCUUUGUGGGAAUUAUGUUUUCUUCUGGCCAAAGCAAACCACCUAGACACAGAGAGGCUGUGGUUUGACACUGGUUGGACUUCAGGAACAAUUAUAGAAGGGUUGUGGGCUGUGGAUGCGUUGGACAUGAUUCAUGUGGCUCUGGCUGGCGCAGAGGUGAGAGCUGAAGCAAAUAAUGUCAAGGGAGUGAACAGUUACCUCAAAAUACAAGGAUAUUUUCUAUUGUGUAAGAAAAGGAGAGAAUUAAUCAAGUAUGUGACACACCUGGCACGCGGAUCAGGAAACAACUGUUUUACUUCAUUUCUGUCAUCACCUUCCAACACAUUUCUUUCACAUUCCAGUUUGGAUGGGAGGACUCGACUUUCUCUCCAUAAGUUCCCCAUUAACAGUUUCACAGCAGAAGGCGCCAUUGGUCCGCUUCCUCUCCAGCAAUUAAUUACCCAGAGCGGCGUGUUUGGACGCGGACCACAGCAAACGCGUCAGGUCACGGGCAUUUACGCGUAUCUGCGAGCAACGUCUUUAUCAUCAGCACGGUGCGUUCCCAGCAAAGCCCCUACAGGAGAAAGCCCUGCAGCUGUUCUGAAUCCCAUUGCCAGAGGCAUAUUACAGCUUGUUUUGAUGUUUCACCAGCAAGUUCUGUGCCUCAUACAGGGACAAACCAAAGCAAACACCCCAAGCUCCAACUAGAGGCUAAGGCACAAUCACCCUGUCAGGUAUUGUUAGGAAGUCGGGAUCAUAAAAGAUAAUAAACUCUCUCCCAUCUUUUAUGACGGCACACCAAGAUCAAACACUUUCCAUACCACAGCAUAAAGCCCCCAGGACCAGUU